GUGGACAGCAACUAGAACGUUUAGUGCUGGUCAGCCUCUGUUCCGCAUCUAUACUGGUUUGAUGGGGUUGUUGAACGCUGGCACGGUGACUGAUACGCAGACUUGCUCAUCAACGUGGUUCCCCAUGUCACGGCCGGUAGCUUGCUAUCUCAGUCCGUAUUUCUGGUGGCAGCGCACAGAUUAUUAAACAGGUCCCGGGCGCUGGAACUUCAGCAUUCAUGUGGCCGCCCAUUUCACAAGCUGCGCCAUCUAUGCAUCGUUCCAGCGGUUGGUAAGUUCAUUGAUGGUAUCUUGGCUAUCUCAGAUGAGUCACCAAGAUUCGUGUAGGCUUCUUGAAAUUUUACCAAGAAGCUGUACCAAGUUUUCAAUAUAAAAAUGCACGAGUUAAUUGUGUUGAUCAUCGAGUAACAUACCCGCUUCCACGAAGCGAAGAGAGGUGCCCUGCGAUGAGCUCCAUUGAGAAUGAUCUUGAGCUCGGAUGGGUACUCUGGGGUCUUAACCUACUCGUAGUCUCUCAAGCAUAUGACUCUUUCCUCACUUUGGCCGAUGAGGUAGCAUUUUUGACGCAGUCACAGUGGAAAUUGGCAAAACUGUUUUACAUCAUCUGCCGAUAUGUAACCUGCGGUUACUUGACGUUGGAGAUGCUCGUAAUCGACGAUCCGCCAGAGAUAUGGGUGUUCGCACUGUACAAGGUCAUUGCGAGCUACUGGCGCAGGGGUGAUCGUAAUCGCUUGUUGGAACAGCUGAUCCAUCACAAUAUGAUUUACCUGACCUGCGGACUUGUCUUCUCCUUCUGUGUCAUAUUGACGACAUCCCGUCUCAACGUGUCUUACGGUUUUAUGAUUGUGAGGUUUUUACGCAACUGGCAAGUUACUGUUCACGCCUUUCUUGUUACAAAGAUGUAUCGUGGACUCUGGAAAGCGGACCGGCGACGUGCUUUGCUAGAAUCUGUUUCUUUCUCGCUUACAACUUUCCACGCUGCACCUGGAGUGUCAACUCAGGCGUGAAAUUCUGACUUUCGCCCCUCUUUUUCAUGUUGUUGAACAAAGCAAAUUAUUACAUAUCCUUUAUUCGUCACCGGCUACGUCUCGAACGUUUUGUUAUAGUGUUACAAGUAAUGACACUUCUCGUAUCUAUGAGCUCAGCCUCUCGUCGUCUUCAAGCUACCCCUAUGUAAAUAUAAUUAUGGCCCAUCUGGGGAUCAAGUAUCUCGAUCCUUGAAUAACAGAAAGAAAAGGAAAGUUCGCAAGGGACUGCCCCAUUUGAUGCUUC